UAAAAUGGAUAACGACGCCGAAAAUGUGGAGGAAAACGAAAAGUAUUCAUUUCUCCUUGCUUCGGCAAUAAGAAACGAAGACCCGGAACAAUUUUUCAGUAUAUACGAUUCAAUUUUGCCAAAAAAUCUCCCUGACAUACAGGUAAACAAGCACUUGUACACUUAAUUUGCGGUGUAAUUUUAUUUUCAUAUCGGUCUGAAGCACACAUUUGUUUAUGUAAGUCUAUUGAAGUCUAAUUAUUUGUGAUAUGAUUUUCAGAAAUAAGAAUAAAUGUACAAAAACAUAUUUUCAAAAUUUUCUUUUGAAAACAAACGUCGGAGUGAGACGACAUCGAGUAAUCCCCCUUUUUAUCUGCAAUUUGCAAACAUUUGCGUGGGCCUGACCUGUGUGUACAUAUUCAUUAGGUGUACAUAGUCGAAUGACAAAUUGUAAACCUGAAGCAGUAUAUGACGUGUCUAAAGUACUUGUUUCGUCGAGAAACAUGUUCAUAGAAACAAAAUACAGUUCAAAAUGACUCCAAUUUUGUUGAAACAGUAGAGUUGAUAAAGAGCAGGGCCAGAGAGAUUGCUGAUUUUCCAGAAGACGAAUUCAGUUCUUUGGUGUUGCGAGCCCGCAACUUUAGCUUGGCGAAUAACAGAAACAAGAUGUCCUAUGAUGUGACUGCCACAGGAGUGUACAAAACUGAGGACAAACCAUCCAGUGAGGACAAUGACGAUGACUUGGACGGGGUACAGCUGCGGCCACACGGCGGAUGUUGUCCCAUGACAUACCAGUCCUCGCCUUUCAGCAGGCACCAAGAGUCUUGUAUAAUUGACAUGGAGCAGGUUGAUAAACGCACGGACAAUGAUUCUGGUAUCUGUAAUUCUAGUAAGGCCACCACCAGCAUUGGCAGUUACUCUGAUCAGGACAGUGACGGAGAUGAUCGGGGCUGUUUCGAUUACUACCCCUCGUCUACGGUCAAAAUAACCACACCCACAACAACAUAUCAUCUGGACUACGAUGAGGCUCACGAAGUGGAUUCUGAUAGGAACGAUAUCGAGUCGCCUAGGAGCGGGAAGGGAAGUGAUAGUGAACCAACAUUUCAGGGAGUUCAGAUGAAAACUUACUCUCGUCGAACUGUUCCCAAUCAUGACGAUGACUUUGAAACAGAUGACGACAGUGAUAAUGAUUCUAGAAACCUGCAUCAGCGGUUAUAUGGAAGGGAGAGAAGAAAAAGAAAUAUUAACUACUAUACACCAAUGACACAUGAAAGAUAUGAAGAAUAUGAUAAUACUAGUACUUCCACUUUCUCUUUUGAAAAGAGUCAGAUGGCACUUAAAGAUCGAUCAGGGUCAUCUUUACGCGAUGUGGACGAACCAAUCAACUUUCCCAUGUACAGCAGACAUUCCAAUUACCGUGGCAGCACUAGUAGUGACCGUGUAAGAAUUGAGAAAAACAGUUAUCGGCGAGAUGGAUACGGAAAUGAUCCGCCAUUUGGCCAAGGAUUGGACCAACUGAAUAAGGUUGGAAGUUCUAUUGGUGAGCUGAUUUCUAGCACCAAACACACAGUCGAUGGAAUGCCAGAGGGCAGACCCAUUUCACAGAGUCUUGAUCUAGCUGCUGAGGAUGGGAAGAAAAAGAAGAAAAAGAAAAGAGGAUCGAAAGAUGAUUUAGAAGACAAAAGCAAGAGAAGGGCGGAUUAUAGUGACACUGACGAAAAUGGAAACCCCCGUCUAGAGUGUGCACCACUGCUCGCUGGUCAUUACAAGCACAUGAGAGAGCCACCCAUCAAAUCAUCAAAUCCUUUAAAUGAUCCGAUGCGGUUUCGUCAAACAUCUUAUGGAACUAAUACAAGAGACCUAGAAGAAUCAACUUCCAAUCAAGAAGGGGCCAAAAAACCUAGAAAAAAACAGAAAAAGGACAAAACUGUAGAGACCGUCAGAAGAGCAGAGGAAAUAGAAAACUACCAAGGAAGGAAAGAAAUAGACGAAAUCUUGUCAUUCAUUGAAAAUGAUUGCACGGGGCGAAAGCCCAGAAAGGUACCCAAUAACAACACAGUGGACAUUAGCUCAUCAAAAGCAACGGACAAAAAUAACAAAAAGAAUAAAGAGAGAAAGCCAAAGGUAACACCAGUAGAUCUCAAACCUACUGAGAAGAAAGAUAGUCAAUCUGAGAACAAAGAUUUCACUGAGGAGAGUCCUGAAAACUCAGAAACUAGUAAUAGUAACUCUGAAAUGGGAAAUUCGACUGAAAAAAUCAGUACUGAAGAAAUUGUGACUACUGACUGCCAAAAGAACAUUAAGGAACAAAAUCACAUUAUUGCUGAGAAGUGUGUUGAUAAAGACAGUAAAAUGGAAGAGGAAAUGAUGAAUGGUGAUGUCAUUUCUUGUGAGGAGGAGGAUGCUAUUGGGAGUUCUAUCAGGAAACCCAUGGAGCCAAAAGUGGGCAAAGAAUUUGGAUUAACAAUCAAUCACCAGGUAGAGAGGAAAAGCCUGGAUAUCAUAGACAAUACCGAUGAAGUCAUUAAAGAUCCUAAAAUUGACACCAGUCUGAACAAUGUGAAACAUAAUAACAUGAAAAACUCAAAAAGGAAACAAACUUCCACAGUGUCUGACAAUAAUAAAAAAGAUAUUGACAAAACUUAUCUUGUAAAAGAACCAGAAAAUCUGACUGAUGAGGAGAAAAUGGAAGUUAAAUCAAAUAUAGUAGUAGACUCUGAUGAAAUGGAAAAGGAGGGUGACUACUAUAUUUUUACCGACCUUGAUCUUCCCAAACCAGUGGAGGAGGAAUUUCAAGUGGUCGGAAAAAAGAAAAAGAAAGGUGGUCCUGUUACAGCCAAAGAGACACAGAGCAAAGAAGCCAGUGCUGCCCAGCGUGUUCCAAUCCGAGAGGAGAGGCGAAGACCUCAGAGGUCCAUCACCCCACCUCCAUCCUCCAUCGUUACCUCCCUAUCCAUGGAGGCAGAGAGAAACAAAAUGAGGGACCUCAGUCCAUCCUCUUUCCCUGCACUUGGUGCAGGCAGACAGGGGAGGCAGUCUUUCAGAGACGGGCGUCGCAGUUCCACUGGAGAUGUUCCAAAGGAAAUUCUCAUCAAACCUCAAGAUGACAGUGAUUUGGAGUCUGUAAAGUCUCUCCCUGCAUCAGCCCAGGCUGUUUCCCCACGGCUCCAGAUUUCUUAUGCAAAGAUGGCUGCCUCUCCUAAGCCAAACUGUUCUGUUUCCACUUUUCAUAGUGACGACCCUGAAGAUCAGAGCAAUGUGUCAGUAGACUUAAAGUCUGCUGUGUGGAAGGGAAGUCACACAGAGAGGAGACACUCAAUAGGUUCUAGUCCAGAUGGAAAGGAUAAUGAAGCACCUUCCAUUCGUCAAAAAUUUGGAAGUCAGGAAUUGGUUAAACUGGAAAAGGAAGAAAACUUGUUCAGUUCCUCCCAGUUACCUAGUUCUCCAGAGAAAUCCCCUUCAGGAAUAGAGGCUAGUAGAUCAAACUCUUUCCAGAGUUCCUCUGUGGAUAAUAGUGCUGCAGUUGACAGUGUAUCCAAUACUGUGUUAAACACUAGUGUGACUAAAGCUAGUGAUAGUGAAUUCAAUGAACCUCUUGAAAGUUACUCUAUAAAUAUUACAGCACAUGUGAUGGCAAAAACUAAUGGUGCAAACAAUCAGGUGUCAUCUAAAAGUCAUGUGACAAAAUCCUCUAGUUGUGAACCAUCUAAACCAAGCAAAUUACAGGUCUCCUCAAAACAGAAGGGCAUUGCCAGAAGGCAAGCAAGAUCUGUUGUUUUCCUGGACAGGAGUGAAAAAGACCACAAAAACUUAGAUAUACAAUUUGGAUUUGAUCCUCAGCUGGAUCAUGAGGAACUUAAAGUGUCUGUAUCAAAUUCUGUUUCAAGCAGUAGUCUGCAGUCCAGUGUGUUAUCCCAAACUAAGUCUAGUGAAAGUGUAUGUGGUGACAAUUCUAAAGAGUUCCCCCCUAUUCCUGUGAUACACUCCAAAAGUGUUUCAAACAAUUCUAGUAGUACAAAUACCAAGGACUUCAAACAUUCACCAAGAAAUUCCAAGUCAGCAAGUUUUCCAUUAGAAGGAAAGAAUGGAGUUAAGUCAAUGAGUACUUUAAUUUUCUCCUCAGACUCCAAGAACCCUUCUGGCCAGAUGUUCUCGUUUAUGAGUGAGGACACCUGUGCCCCCGCUGUAAGCGAUAGCUCCGUGAUCUCCACCCCCACCGCCUCCAGUGUUGAGGGCUGUGUGACAGUGAUAUAUGGAGAGGAGUGUGGUGCAGUGCUAGGGGCAGAGUCUAAACCACCCUCAGGAGGACAGCUCAAGUACAGGAGGGAGACGGGCGACAUUCUAGGGUGCUUUAAUAGAAUAGAAGUAACCAACUAUUUAAUCAGAGAAUGGGAGAAUGUAAUGAAUAUGAAAGAUAAAAAUCCAGAAAGAAUUCUUUUCUACAACCAGCACUAAACCUUGCUAUGCUCCAAGCUUCAUAUUGCCUUACCUAGCCAUAAUGUGUUGCUUUUCUUCUUUUUUUAAUAUCCAUUGUUAUUAGAAUCAAAUAUGUUAAUAACUGACUUUUUUGAUGUUUUUGUAAAUAGAUAGUAUAUUUUAUAUGUUCUGAAAACUUAACCUUUGAUAUAAACAACAGCUUUCAUUUUAAAGCUUUUGAGCAUUGACUUAACACCUUGAAGAACACAAUAAUGGGACUUGGAAUUUUAGUGACAUGCCCUAGUCUUGUGAAAUGCUUCUUUUUCUUGUGUUUUACUUACAUUCCAAGUGCUUAUCAUGUUUGGAAUCUCUGAUGGGGUAAUUAUAGGGUAUGCUUCUGGUAUUUUUCCGAGUACAAUUGAAUGAAUGUCGGAAACUGUGCUAUUUUGAUGUACUUGGUUUAAAUUUCUGUAAUGUUUGUGUGUGGUCAGCUUUGAAUGCUUUUUCAUCCCAAAGAUCACAAUGUCUACCAAACUGUUAUAAACUUUCUGUUUGAAAUGCAAAGUUUUAGUUAAACACUUUUGUUUCCUAAGAAAAUAUGGGAUAAAGGGGGAGAGCUUUCCAAGUUAGUUUUUGAUAAUGACUAUAGGUGGUUUAAGGUUUAACAUUCCUUAAAAAUUGUUCAUAAAUGCAAUAUUGUCUGAAGAAAUCUAAUAUUGGGUGCAUAAAAUGUUCUUUACUGUUGACAUUUAUGCAGAGCUUACACAAUUUUAACGAAUGAAAGGUUUAAGAAGCUGUGAAUCCCUAUUAUGUAUGUGUAAUGUAUGUAUUGUUGAUUGUGAAGAAGGAACGACAUAGAGAUAAAACAGUUGCAGGGGGGAAGAGGGGGAUGUUCUAUGUGUGGAAUGGGAAUCCCUGGGGUGUGCAGGACUGAGGGACAAGACUGAGUUCUGGAUAUGUGAUUCAAACAAUCCUCGUUCAUAUAGAUUAAUGUACUGUGAAAUUCAGCGCUGACCACCAAUUGGACAUGUAGCUGAGAGAGGAGAGUGAGAAAAGCUGUAGUCUAUACCAAGCACAUCAGGUAUAGAGAUUGUACAGUUAAAUGAAAAGUGUGAGAGGGACUAUAUGGUUGCCAGCUCCAUCUUUAUCAAGAACUGUUUUUCCACUGUUUGAUAUAGUUUUGUUUAAAAUUCAGAAAAAUGGAACAAUUCAAAAGGAUAAAAGCCACGAGAUCAUCCUGACUUUGUGCUUUCUUUUUCUGACCUUGCGCUCCAUGUUAUUUGACCUUAUGUGGUUUGUGACCAUCUGUGGGAUGACUGGUGUAUAGAUGGAUUUGUGGCCUCUUUUGUUAAGAUCUAGUCGCCUUGUGGCACAUCAACACUGGCUCCAAUAUCAGAUUUAUGUUGAUAUUCAAGCUUGAUAAAUGAUCACAAGCAAUGUUAUUUUCAUUAUCUUUUUUUGUUGCAUUGACUUAUAUUUAUUUGAUUUUUGCCAUUGUUUUGAGUAUGUUUAUUAAAUUCAUAGUCCGUAAUUGCCCUCAUGUUGGUAUUGACAGUCUUAUUGUAGAAAAAAAAAUGACAACUUAUAAAAUAAAUAUUUUUCAUGUUUUUUAUGAAACAAAGAAUUCUGUAUGUUUUAUGUAAAUUACCUGCAACACAUGUACUGUUGUGGUUUGCAACUGGUCAACAUUUCAGUAAAGUUCAGCAUUUGAUAUCAGUUGGAAAUGUUUGAUGUUAGUGAUCUCAUGUUAAUAAGCUGUCAAUACCACUGUGACAAUGUGUGAAAAGACACACAUUCACUCCCACAGGCAUUGUUAUUCUUUGACACUGUUUGCUAUGAAAUGUCAUUUUUGCGUGUUUUUUUUUUUUCUUUUUUAUGCUAGUUUCUGUUUUGUAAGUGGUUUUUCCCCUCACAUUAUUUCAUGUUAAAAAAGAACGAAUGAAGGUAUGUGAGGAGAUGAUCGUUCGAGUGAAAAAUUCAUCUCAUAAUUUGUUAAUAUAUUGAAAAUUCUACGAUGGGGUUAAAAUUCUAUAUUUACAUGUACCGGUAUUUGAAAAUGGGGGGAAUUGAAGUUUUCUAUUUUUUUUAAAAUAGUAUAUCUUUCAGUCCUAAAUGUCUGAUGGAAAAAUGUUAAAAAGUAGGCUAAAACAUAAAGUUGGAAAGGGGGUGUGUGUGAAUGAUGCAACAAUUAUGUUAUACUGGUGGGUAUUUUUUAGAAUGAAAAUAUAGGUACAUUGUUAUUCCAAUCUUUUUUUAUCCUAUUUAUAUGUACCUUUAAUAUUUAGAACAUUGGAUACAAUUUUAGUAUCAAAUAAGUUUUGACAUCUUUAAAUUCAUUAUUUUUUUUUUAAUUUUGCCACUCAUUUACAGGUUUUGCCCAUUUGUAAUGAACCUGCAAAAAAUGGAUGAAAAAUUAUUUAAUUUUGGAUAUGUUGAUAUGUUUGAUAAAGAACAAACAUUGAAUUGUAUUUUUGUUCAAGAUAGUUAAGACUGCAACCAGUGUAACUGGUGUUAUUGUUCCAAGUUCUACCAUAUUCUCAAGUAUCUGAUGAUGACAUCACUGCCAGUAGAUUAAUGGAAAACAAAUGAUCAAUGGUACAAUGUGAAACUUGAGAAGCUCAAUAUGCAGUGACACAGAGACAGAUGUGUCUGGUUAUUAUCAAUAAAUGAGACCUAUAUCAA